AUGCGCAUUUUGGACUCUUUGCUUCUUGAUAGCUAGCGUUUCUAUAUAAUAUACAUAAAAUCCAUUUUAUAGUUGACACUGAUUGAACUUUCCACUGUCUACGAGCGAGGGUGAAUUUGCGACAGGAUUCUGUCAUGACAAGACAUGCAGUAAGCUAAUGCUUACAGACAAUCAACCGCCCCAACUUUGUGAGAUCCAGGCAAGUUGGACAGAAAGUGAUAUGCCGUUGAUAUAUCAGAAAGGAAAAGGGGUUAAAAACAAUGUACCAACCAAGAAGCCAUGUGGAAGCCAUGUCUGCAACGAAAAAGCGAGCCGUAUCCAGGAUGUUGUUCUUCCAACCCCUCGCCCCAUCGCCGUCAAUAAAUGCUGUCAUUUUAUUGGCAAUGAAUGACAGCUGCAUGGUUGCUUCUGCGCUUUCCAACAGCUGGCUUUCGUGAUGAGACGGAAACAAUCAGCUUCGCAUCAGUGGCGCUCAGACCUGGCCUAAAUAUCUCUUACUUUCUUCCCCCGGAACUCUUGAUGCACCUGCAGGGAAUGGAUUCACGCACUCAUCGUCGAUUCAUACCUGCACUUCAGAUCAUGCACGGCGAAUAAUGUACAUUUCAGGCUCAUUGCAUGAUAGUCUUGUCACAUGAACCUUUCCUCGAAAGGCGUCCCUGGAAGCGAUCUGGUCUUGAUCAGCCUCUCUGCUGAGUGGCAGUGCAUCGCU